AGCUCUGUAAUCUACAUUCAGGUAUUGUUGUGUGCUAAAACUACAAUAAAUUAUGUUUCUUAAAAAAAAAUGCAUUCAUAAAAUAAAUCAAUAUAAGCAUCAAUGUGAUUUUAACAUUUGUUUUGUAUAGUCCUUUCAUUAAGAGGUCCUUCAUAAGAGAUCAUGAGGAGACCAUUAAAAAUCCUUCAUAGGUAUUCAAGAGCAGAUGUGACUUGAAGUUUUACAAAAAGUCUAGAUGAUACUCAAAUGUCUUGUCCAAAAAAUACCCUAGGUUUCCCUCCAUGUACCAAUUAUUUUAACAAUUCUAUAAAACAUUUGUUUAUAAGCUAAUUUAUGAAGCAUCAUAUUUUACAGUUUCACAGUAGUUCUACAAUCAGGAGCCUCGCAAAAGACACUCACGCUCAGACUGUCACUUCCUUUAGACAGCCAGUCAAGGGAGGGGGUCCAAAACAUACAGCAGCUACUUAACAGAUGCCUGUUAAACAUAUCAGUGACUGCAUUUGGAGAGCUACUGGGGAUCUCUUUUUCUGAGCUCUCAAUGGCAAACGAUUCACAUGCUGAAUCUUACCUGUGCCAAACGUCCACUACAAGCGUAGUCCUGCCCAUUAUCUACACCAUUAUGUCUAUCACUGGCCUGCCAGGGAAUGCUAUUUCUCUCUGGGUGUUCAUGCGCAAAAUUGCGGUCAAAACGUCUACUCACAUAUACCUGAUAAAUCUAGGAAUCUCAAACUUGCUACUCUGCCUCACCAUGCCAUUCCAGGCCAUAUACUACUCACUUGGGACCAAAUGGCACCAGCACAACACCAUGUGCCAGAUGGCAAUAAAUGGUCUAACUCCAGUGAUCCACAUCAAUAUCUGCAUUGGCGUGAUGAUAUUGAGCUGGGUGGCACUCAGUCGCUUCGCCUCAUUGAUUCAACAUUCCCAUGCUGACCGUCCAAGCCGGUGGCUAAAAAUUAUACCAGGUGCCUUCCUCUGUCGAAAACGACAAGUGAAACUGGCCUAUGCUCUGUGCCUGGUCACCUGGACCAUCGUAACCAUAGUGGUCAUUUCCUUUGUGGUGCUGUACUCGAUCAGUGUGAAAGAGAGCAAUGAAACGUGUUACAGCAUAGCAGUGGAGGUUGGUGGGGAAGGAUCUCACGUCUUCGCAUUAGUGGCUGUUUCAAUGUUCUUUGUCUUCUUCCUGUUGGUCUUAUGCACUUACAUGGCCGUGAUCAGGCACAUCUGGAGGUCCAGAAGAAGCACAGUCAUUUCAGACAACCAGCGAGUAUAUGCAAGAGUGUUUCGGAAUAUUAUUGUCAUUAUGGUGGUGCUGGUGGUCUGUCUCCUGCCGCACCACAUUUAUAAAGCAAUCUUCAUUCAUAUCAUAAACGAGCAGUCUGGGUCUGCAUCACCACCAAAUGACGCUUGUCAUCCACUAUCCAUGUAUGUGGAGUUGAAGAACAUCCUGCUCUGUUUAGCAACUCUGCGGUGUAGCACAGACCCCAUCAUGUACUUCCUGCUGGACAAGAUGUUUCGUAACCAUGCGCUUAGCCUGCUGAGAUUACACGUUAGUGCAAAAGACAGUCAGUCAUCAAAGUCUAAUAUGGGACCGUUAUCUCUGGUAACAAGUGGGUGUCUUUAGACAUUACUUGAGUAGAUACUAUACACGGACAUAAAGGAGUCUCACUGUGAGCGGUGAUCCCUAAAUAUUUAGCUCUGGUUCAGGGAGAAACUGACACAAAUCAGACUUGUGUUUCCGCUCCCACACUGGUUUGAAUCACUGGAGUACUUUAUGUAGCGUUAAAGACAUAGUUUAUCAAUCUCAGACUUUCCUUUUCUGUUCAAAAUAUUUAGUUCUUACUUAACUGGAGUCAUUAAUUGAGAAAAAUGAUAUCUGUGAAGUAUUUAAUCAGGUUUUAAAAAUCACCAUAGUACAGAAAUAGUGAUUUUUUUUGCCAAUGGAUGCUAGUAAUGUGAUGAUACUUUUGCUUUUAGAUCUAAUGGCAAUGUUUCAUACAACUGAUCUCCCGUCUUGAAACGUGCUGGCAUUUCUGGAAAUGCCAUAAAUUGUAUUAAGUUGUACCUUUUAAAUAGAAGUUUUGCUGUUCGUAUGGGGAAGUGUACAUCAGCUUCAGCACUUUUAUGAUGUGGCAUUCCUCAAGGUUCUGUUUUAGCACCACUUUGCUUUUCUCUUUAUAUGCUCCAGCUAGGUCCGAUUUGGAAUAAAUACAAUGUGUCAUUUCAUUGCUAUGCAGACGAUAUGCAAUUGUAUGUACCAUUCAAACCAAAUGACUCCACCACCUAGGAAAAAUUGUUGACCUGUUUUAAUUAAGUCAAAGCAUGGUUGUCUACAAAUUUUUGGAACCUAAAUGAAUCGAAAACAGAAUUGAUUCUCUUUGGUCCUUCUGAACCUGGAGACACAGUGUGAUUUUCGAUAGCAAGCUAAAAUUUUACAAACAGGUAAAGUAAAUCGUCAGAAUGAGAUUUUUCAAAUUGAAUUAGAUCUUUAAAAUUAAGCCUUUUUUAUUAUUCAUGCGUUUAUCUUUUCGAGACUACAUUACUGCAACUCAUUAUAUUAUGGUGCGCCAAAUCAAAUUUUAGAUAGAUUGCAGAUGGUCCAAAAUGCAUCUGCAAGAAUGGUCACAGGCACUUGUAAAUUAGAUCAUAUAACCCGGUGUUAAGAUAAUUGCAUUGGUUGCUGGUUCCUUUUGGAGGAUUAAUUUUAAAAUCCUAUUUCUUAUUUUUAAACCUCUAUGGUAUAGCUCUAUCGUAUAUUUCAGAUCCAAUUCAGGAACAAAAGCCAACGGAAAUCUUAUGAUCUCAGUCACAGAAACUUCUAGUUGUCCCUCAGUCAAAAAUGAAAUCUAGAGGGGAUUGCACCUUUGCAGUCGCGCCUCUAAACUAUGGAAGAGCUUGCGCUAUAUAUUAGGGAUGUACCAACACUUGAGUUUAAAAAACCUUUUUUAUGGUAGCGUUCGAUCAGAGAUAUGUGUGAAGGUUGCUAAAGGGUUAAAUAAGUAUUUUUGUCCUUAUUUAGGAUAUAUUUAGCCUUUUAUAUAUAUAUAUAUAUAUGUUUUUUUUUGUAGAUAUUUGGUUAUGGUUUUUAAAUGUUUUCCCUUCCUAUUUAUGUUUUUGUUUGUACAGCACUAUAGUCAACUCUGUGGUUUCACUCAGCGCUUGAGAAAUCAUUUUGAAAUCUGAUUUUACGACACCAAGACCUGAAAUUUCUGUCAUCAUUUUUGUCAAUCUAAACAUUAAUGGCUUUCCCUCUUCUGUUGUCUCAGUGUUUUUUUUUUUUUGUCAAUAAAGUCAGCAUGAAAUGGAAAUUCACAAAUUCUCCAAUCAUUUAUUCCACCUAAAACCUCUCUUUCUUACAACUGACAAGAAACUUGCAGUCAGUUUGCAUCCAAUCACAAACCAACUAUUUGAACUAAGUACCUGUAAUAAAUUUUUCCUUCUUUGAUCAGAUUUUUCAUUUGGAUGUAUUUUUUUGCUACUUAUGUUUCAUCACAACUUCAGAAAGUCAUACACAUUUGGAAUGACAUGGGGGUAAAUUAUAACAGAAUGAAAAAAUAUAUUUUUUUGAAGUACAGUGUGCCUUUGACAUGUUUUUUUCACAUAUUUACAGCAUGCCACAUUUUUACUUUUAAAUAUUGUACUGACAUGUCAGGCUGUUUUUCAAACAUAUGUUACUGUUACAGGUCGUUGUACAUGCAGGACAGCUUGUUUCCUUUUUUGUUACAUUACAUUUACUCACUUUCCUGUUUCUAUUCGCAUGCUGGUUACUGUGGUAAAUGUAAUGGCCUUAUAAUUUCUGUACUAGCUGUGUUAACAAGAGUGCUUGCAAAUGGUGCUUUUACUUUUCUGCAGCACACUUAUAUGUCACAGGUAAAGAUGCAUGAUGGAGUAGGUAUCCAUCUAUGUUUCUAAUGACAGCAGCAUUAAAGGCCAUUACUGUACAGACAGUAAAUGUUAGAGUCUAUCAGGAGCUUCAACGUCUGCAUCCAUAUUCCUAUAAAAUAGCAAGAUUAUAGUUACCUAUAUUGUCAAAAUGGCCUGAUACUUCAAAGAAUCCAUGAUGUCCUUC